AUGUCCUCCGAACCGUCUGACACGGCCGAGGCCGACCACAACGACUCGCCCCCCAAGGCCCCCAAGACCUCUUCAAAGGCUUCGACCGCGGCCGACGUCCUCAAGGCAUUGCGCGACGAGGAACGGCGCAUGAUCCGUUUCAUCCUUCCAGAGGCCAAGAAACACCCCGAAGUAUACGCAAAGGUCAUCGCCAAGAUCAAAUCGAGCAAAAUCAGGGAUCCAAGGAGGUGGAGGGAGAGUGGCUUCAUCAGGAACUUCAUCGGUUGGCUAGCCAUGACCAACAAGGAUGCCCGUCCUGACCUUGAGGACGCCAUCGCCGUCUUGGCCAUCUUUGAUUGCUACUCGAGCAACGCACCCUCCAAAUUCCGCACGUCGCUUGUUGAACACGGCCUGCGAGUUUGGGCGACCAGGAAGUUGAAGGGGGAACGAGCCUCGACCGAACAAGGCUCGCCAGAGACGCUUCGUACAUCCCCAAAGGCACCCAAGGUCAAGCAGGAGACUAUCCUACCUUCAAUCGAAUUCGACCAAAUCGCGCCUCGUGCCUCCUCCACGGCUGCUCAGGGGGUGAAGAGACCAGCCGAUGACCCCCCAGCCGAGCACCCGCCCAAGCGAACGGUUUCCAAGGCCGAACACGAGGCCCUCGCAGCCCAAGUAGCCAGAAUUGAUGAGGCUGUAGCUGCACGUCUGCCAAUAAUCAGUUCCCGCAGCUUCGGAACCCAGACUUCACCUCCUCCAAGAGAGGCCGUCAUGAAGCUGGUCUCUGCCAUCACCGAACAGCAAGGGAAGCACAACCAAACACUUGCAGAACACAGUCGAGCCCUCCGCGAGCAGGGUCGAGCACUUGUCGACUUCCCCUCCACGGUCCGUGAGGUCGUCCGCCAAGAGAUCCAACGAACAAUCGUCCCCGUGUCGAACGACACCAGCAUCUUCCAGCGUUCGCAGGCCCACGGGCCGUCAUACACCGUCAUCGCUAACCAGCCAAUGCCCUCGUACGCGUUCGACACUGCCGGCGAGUUCCAGAUAGUGGAGGCUCCUCAGGGGCGAGCUGCAGGCAGCAGAUUCAACAGCAGAUUCGGCAUGUAUGACCAUUGA